AUGGCCCUCAGUACAAGAAGAGCAGCCCUAGUGGCGCUUCUUUAUACCGCAGUAGUCACGGCUCACGACCACGAUAUGGAUGCUAUCCCAGACGGCGAGGCUAUAUCACCUGACCCAAUCGACUCGAUACUAUGGACGCACAUCUUGAUCCAGUCCUUGGCAUGGGGCAUCAUCUUCCCCACUGGUAUGGUGUUGGGGAUAAUACGAUCUAAAUGGCACGUCCCUGUCCAAUCCAUAGGAACCGUCCUCGCAAUCAUCGGCUACUUUCUCGGCCACAGGCAUAAAGGCAGACAGUUCACCGAGAACAUCCAUGCCCAGUUCGUACCAGUCAUCAUGCUCAUGUUGGUAUCCCAAGUCGCCAUGGGAAUCUACCUGAAGCUACACCUUGAAAAGGGCAUAAACGGAAAGAUACGACAUGUGGUAGUAAAGGCGCACGGCGUUGUCGGAAAGGCUAUGCCUGUGGUGACGUGGGUGCAAUUCCUCUUUGGAGGUAUCACUGCACUUGGCUUCUGCAGGGCGGACCACACCGGACAAUGUUUGGCACACUUCAUCAUGGGAAGCGCUUUCAUCGCAUACGGCAUAAUCCUCCUGAUCCUGCUCCUGGUCGGACAAAUGUGGCUGCGGAGGACUGGAAGGAGCCAAGAGUUUUUCGAUUCCCUCGUCAUUGCUGCGUGGGGCUGCGUCAACACAUUCACCGAACACCGCUGGGGAGGACCAUGGGUGCACAACGACCUUCAACACACGUCCAUGGGCAUCGUCUGGUGGGCUGCGGGACUAGUCGGUGUCUGGCUGAGCCGGAAGCGCAAUGGGCAACCGAAGCGAAACCUCAUUCCUGGUAUAAUCAUCCUGAUGACAGGCUGGGCUAUGUCCGCGCAUCCGCAACACCUCCCGAUUUCGACUAUGAUCCAUACCAUCUUUGGUUAUACCCUCAUGGCUGCAGGUGCCGCGCGCAUCAUCGAAAUCUCAUUCGUGCUCAAAGACCGAGCUUCCAUUGCGACUGACGGCUCAGACCCGAACAGCUUCCAAUACUUGACACCGUUCUUGCUGAUGGCUGGAGGUUUCAUGUUUAUGGGUGCGACUGAGGAGCAGAUGAAGCUGCUUUCCGAUGCAAACGUCACACACGUGUCCUAUGUCCUGAUUCUCUACAGCAUCGCUUUCUUGUUAUUCCUUUUCGUCAACAUGCUUAUCCAUCUUUACGCCGUAUACGCUUGGGGCCAAGAUGACAAGGCUGAUGCCGAGGCACCUCUAGCGAACGGUCACGCAAACGGGCAUAUCAAUGGCUACACCAGGGUCGAUCGUAGAGUGAGAGAUGCUGAAGAGUUCGAGUUGGAAGGUCUCGAUUCCGAUGACGAGGAAGACGACUCGCCGCGCAUGAAUAAGGAGCAUAGAACCGCGGUCGGCGCAACAACUUUCGUCAUGGCAGACCCAUUUUCGGUAACCGGCAGCGCAGUCGGUGUUGUUUCUCUUGCGAUCCAACUUUGCAAAGGCCUGGAAUGGUACGUUAGCGGUGUCAAGGACGCGAAGGACAAGGCUGAGAAGAUCGCGGCGGAUACGGAAGAGCUCACAGACCUCCUCGAGUUGCUCGAGACCAUCGUCGCCAAGGUGGAUCCGUCCCAGUCGGUGUCAACAACUCUUACUGGCAUCGCAUCGUGCGCUGAGGCCAUCGCAACAAUCAGAAAGAAACUGAAGCUCGACGAUCAGGCAGCGAAUGGCGGGAUCAAAUCAAGCUUGAAGAGACUGGGCAAACGGAUGGCUUUCCCGUUUAAAGAGGCGGAGAUAGAAUAUUGGAAAGGUGUCUUGAAUACGAUACAACAGAGUCUACAGACUGCACUACUCGCACUUGUUCUUGACCAACAACGCUUAGCUUCCGAAGAUGUCAGGCUACAUUUUACAAAAUUAUCCAUGGAUCAGACGGCGCAGCAUCAUUCUAAUCUACAGCUACAGCGUAUUGUGUUCGACAAGACGCAGAUGCAGCUCGCUGGACAUUCACAAAUCGUCGAAAGGGGGUUUACAACCACGGCGCAUAGCAUUCAUAGUGUCCAUGCCGAUGUGCACCGCAUUCAAGACACGCUACAGCCCAUUAUGUCUCUACCACAAAUUGUCUCUAAACUCGAAGCCACGCUGAGCGAGAUGACCUCGACGACAGACUCUACACUGGAAACGGACAUGAUGAACUUGAGGUUACUCAAUCAGAAAGAUCGCAAGUUGAAACGACGACUCGCAAAAGUUACAUGUACAUGCCGGACACAUACAAGUGCGCUUGGCUACUGGUCAAGUUGGCUCACGCUCGCAUGCACGCGGACUUCAUUUCACGACCCUCGAUGCCCGCUUGCCUCUGUUCAGAACAAAGUGACAAACCUACAACUUCGGGCUACGCUGUGUAGUCUGAUUCUCAGAUCAAGGGUGUCACUUUCGUUGGCACUAGCUUAUGGCGCUGGCUUCUCGAUCAAGCAGAGUCUGGAACGCCAUCGAGUAGUUCCAAUAACUUCGCCUGCGUUUUCAUUCCUUCCUGACCUUGUAGAAUCUAGUCGCACCACAACUGAAGAAGUAUUCCGUGGCGAGGUCAACAAGUUAUUAGAGAUGUUUCAACUUGGACAAGCGUCACCACUCGAUCGCCUACCAGAUGGGAAAACGCUUAUACAUGAAUUAGCUCGCCGUUACGGAUUAUCGAUGCCGUCUUGUCACGAUCACAGUCUCAACUGGAGCAGAAAUCUCCUUUAUCUUAUCCUGACUGUCAUUUCCCGAAUUCCGACUGAGGGUUUCGAAAGGGACGAUAGUGGACAGACGAUUAUGGAUGUACUUAUGAAGUCCACGCCUCCACGUUUGUUGCAUCAAGAAGAUUCUAUAGCAAAUGUACUGUUAAGUCAAGGUUUCGAGAUCACUCAACAUACAGUGCGGACUUCCAGGACUUCGAGCUACCACACCAUCGAAUAUAUUAGUUACCAGAGCAAAAGUUCCACAGAUGUCAGAUUAGACGAGAACGAUUUGGUGCAGGCCAUACUGUCGAGAUCUGACCAUCAACUUCGGCAUUACCUUCGACAAUCGAAAGAUAUGCAGAUACUAAACGACCGUACUGUCAUCUUUGCCCUAAGGUUAGCUACUAUACAUGGCUGGAUAGAUGGCUGUAAGACCAUGCUUGAAGCAGAUGUUAUGGAAACCCUAAACAAAUGCUACAUUUCCCCAGAAGACUAUACUUUGCUCGGAAGCCUAGCUUACACAAAGCGACUGGAAAUGAUGCAGCUUUGGCUUUUGCGCAGAGCCGACUUUGGGCAGACACAGCUCGAACCGAUCGGCUACGCAGAAGAUGUGUUUGACUCUCAUGAGUGCGGGUUGCUACCAGAGUUCUGUGAGGACAUCGCUUACAAUGUGUCCUUUUAUCUUCGCGGUUUGAGGCACGAGAUUGACCUUUUAGUGAAAAAGCAUGGCAUCGACUAUUGCUGUGAUAGUGCUCGCAGUAAUCUACCCGAUGCGCAUGUCAGAUGCAUGCUCACUGCGCUGGUGAGCAAAGGCGUCAAAGUGCCACAGUAUUAUUGGCCAAAGAGGAAGAGUCUUUAUCAUAGGAAAGUGUGCUGGUGCCCGAUGGGACGUCUGGUGUUCGAAAGGCAGGAGAAUAAUGGCUUUCGUGAGAUCAGUGGCAAGGACUUUAGGUGCAGUAUGGAGACGAGUUGCUCGCCUCUAGUGCAUUUUCUAACGCAGAGCGGCCCGUACUUCAAUGAACUGAGAGGAUCGUUGAUCAGGCGCGACAUGACAGUCAAUUGGUUCAUCUCAAAAGGGGCAGAUCUACGAGAAACCUGGCCAGGAUCCGACAUUACUGCCAUGCAUUGUUUAGCCUGGCAAUCUGCAGAACAUCUAAGAUGUUUCUCUAAAAGCUUAUCCGAAGAAUGCGAUGCGCCCAUCCAAUUCACUUGGGAUUACAGAUCCUUUGAGGUACUCGUCAAAAGGGAAAUUCUGGACAGUUGCGAAUGUGGAUGCAGCAUUUCCGGCUGCGAUUUUUUAGCGUCCUUCUGGAGGGAAUAUUUCACAGAAUUCCAUGGUGGGAAGCAGUUUUCCGCCAUUUGCGACUGCCUCAAAGGUGUACAGCCGAUGGAAGAACUAAAGGGCGUGACUACACGUACUAAGGGCAUGCGUUAUCGUGAAAAAGCAAAAGCGAACGUACUUCUCGAAUUGACCGCUUGGGUUGAUAGAGCAGCAAAUACCCUCCAGCUUCGCCGACUCAUUCAUGGGUACAUGCGACUAUUCAUAUUCUCAUAUCUGGACUUAAGACAUACAUGUUGCGAUAUCGACCGCAUCAGGCACUUUGACAACCCUGACUACAACAAACAACCAUAUCCUCGAUACUCUCCAAAGGAAGGGAGGCGCAUAAAGAAUGAGGACGCAACGUUGCGCGGAAUUCUCGAAGAGCUUGUACCCAUGUUCAUCUCCCAGUUCGACGCCGUUGGUGGAAGACUUGGAGACUUCGUCCUCGAUGUGAUGAUUCCGAAGAUGCGCGAAGUAGCGGGAGAACUAAAAGAGGAAGAUGCGGCACUUUAUGCGCAGGGACGACAAGAGCUAGGCGUUGUAAUAUAUGAGGAGGAAGACGACGCUGAACAGAGCGAGAGUGGUGAGGAAGAGGAAGAACAAGAUGAAGUUAUUGAGGAAGAGUCUGAUGACGAAUACUGA